CUGUCGACGCCAACGCAACCACCGUACCUUAUACUUUUAUCACAACUCUUCAUCUUUCAUACCUAAUUUCAAAUCUUUCAAUAUGCCUCCCAAAGCCGCUGAGAAGAAGCCCAGCACCGGUGGCAAGGCCCCGGCUGGCGGCAAGGCUCCUGCUGAGAAGAAGGAAGCCGGCAAGAAGACUGCUGCCGCUGCCUCCGGCGACAAGAAGAAGCGCGGAAAGACCAGGAAGGAGACCUACUCCUCUUACAUCUACAAGGUCUUGAAGCAGGUCCACCCUGAUACCGGUAUCUCGACUCGCGCUAUGUCCAUCCUGAACUCUUUCGUCAAUGAUAUCUUUGAGCGUGUCGCGACCGAAGCCUCGAAACUUGCUGCUUACAACAAGAAGUCCACCAUCUCUUCACGGGAGAUCCAGACCUCUGUGAGGCUCAUCCUUCCCGGCGAAUUGGCGAAGCACGCGGUGUCCGAAGGCACCAAGGCUGUCACGAAGUACUCGUCGUCUGCCAAAUAAGCAUUUUCUUUUCUUUGUUUUCUUUCUGCAGGAUUGUUCUUUUGCUACCUCGUCAUCUGUUACGGUUUUGAGGUGGUGGGUUACAGGGUGUUUGCGGGAUUCUAAUGUGUCAUGGGAUGGCUUUAUUUCUUUUUUCCCCUUG